UGUCACGUUCGGUAGAAUAGGACAGAGUGCUCUUGUUAUCCGCUUUACGCAAGUGAUGAUUUAUGCCUAAAAAGGAAACGUCGUUGUGUUUUUUUCUGUCUGUCUGUCUUUAAGCAAGUAACCACCGAGUGUCGAUUGGAAGCAAGCGGAGUGCAAUUUUUCCUGUGUGUUGACUCGAAACAGUGAGACGACGCUGACCGUGGACAGACUGAAGUUUUUUUACCGUCAGAUAAUAAAGUGAUUAGCGAUUGUUCUUGCUUGAGUUCUUGGUGAUAAAACGGUAAAUUUUUGUCCUUUUGGAUAUUGUACUUGAUUGAAGAAAAGAGUGCCACUUUUCCGUUGCUGUUCGGCCAAAGAAUUCAAGGAACGAUGUCCUACUCCAAUAAAUUCAUCUACGCCACGCUGCCACGGACUCAACGCGGCCAACCGAUCGUACUGGGCGGUGAUCCCAAGGGGAAGAACUUCCUCUACACCAACGGUCAUUCGGUUAUCAUUCGUAACAUCGACAAUCCGGAGAUUGCUGACAUCUACACGGAGCACUCGUGUGCAGUGAAUGUGGCCAAGUACUCGCCUAGUGGGUUCUACAUCGCAUCUGGAGAUCAGUCCGGUAAGAUCCGCAUCUGGGAUACGGUCAACAAGGAGCACCUGCUGAAGAAUGAGUUUCAACCGAUCGGCGGACCGAUCAAGGACAUCAGCUGGUCACCGGAUAGUCAGCGGAUUGUGAUUGUGGGCGAAGGGCGUGAACGUUUCGGGCAUGUUUUUAUGGCUGAAACGGGAACGUCGGUGGGGGAAAUUUCUGGACAGUCGAAACCGAUCAAUUCGUGCGACUUUCGACCGGCUAGACCGUUUCGAAUUGUGACGGGUAGUGAAGAUAAUACGAUCGGUGUUUUCGAAGGACCACCGUUCAAGUUCAAGAUGACCAAGCAAGACCACACCCGAUUCGUACAAGCCGUUCGCUAUUCCCCGAGUGGUCAUCUGUUUGCCUCGGCUGGUUUCGAUGGCAAAGUCUUCCUAUAUGACGGAACAACUUCCGAACUGAAGGGUGAGGUUGGAUCACCGGCUCAUGGUGGUGGCGUGUACGGAGUUGCCUGGAAGCCGGAUGGAACUCAACUGCUCACGUGCUCUGGUGACAAGACUUGUAAGCUGUGGGAUGUAGAAACACGCACUCUAGUUAGUGAAUUCCCCAUGGGAACAACGAUUGAUGAUCAACAGGUUUCUUGCCUGUGGCAGGGAGAUCAUAUUCUAUCCGUUUCGUUAUCCGGUUUUAUUAACUACCUCGAUGUUAACAAUCCCACCAAACCAUUGCGUGUGGUCAAAGGCCACAAUAAACCCAUCACUGUAUUGUGUUUGAGUGAAGAUCGCAGCACGAUUUACACUGGCAGUCACGACGGCGCCGUUACCAACUGGAACUCUGGGUCGGGUUCAAAUGAUCGCGUUGCCGGUGCUGGUCAUGGCAACCAAAUUAACGCUAUCUGUGCUGCCGACGAUUACGUCUAUACUGCCGGAAUCGAUGAUUCGAUCAAGCAGAUUACAAUCGAAGGUAAUCGUUACAGCAUGGUGGAGGCGAAGCUAAGCUGUCAACCACGUGGUAUGGAUAUUCUAAAGGAAGGCAACAUCAUCGUGGUUGGUUGCGUGAAGGAUGUGACUGUACUGCAGGACAAUCGGAAGGUUUCCACUAUCCCGAUCGCAUUCGAAUCCAGCAGCGUUAGCAUCAAUGCGGAAACGCUGGAUGUGGCCGUGGGAGGCGACGACAGUAAAGUGCACAUUUAUAGUCUAACUGGUGGAACGCAACUAGUUCCGAAGGUGGAGCUGGAUCAUUUGGGCCCGGUAACCGAUUGCAAGUAUUCGCCCGACAAUAAACUGCUAGUGGCAUGUGAUGCCAAUCGAAAGGUUAUUCUGUACAGUGUGCCGGAGUAUAAGCCUGCCCAUAACAAAGAGUGGGGCUUCCAUAAUGCCCGUGUCAAUUGUGUGUCCUUUUCGCCGAAUUCGCAGCUGGUGGCCAGUGGUUCGCUGGAUACAACCAUCAUCAUCUGGUACGUGAGCAGCCCGGCCAAGCACACCAUUAUCAAAAACGCCCACCCCCAGUCGCAGAUCACCGGGCUGGUUUGGCUCGACAACGAGACGCUAAUUUCGACUGGCCAGGACUGCAACACCAAGGUGUGGCACAUCGAACCGGCUGCCUAGGGCGCACGGGCCGAAAAUCAGUAGUAUCAUGCCGAUGAGUAUAAUCGUGUCACAGUCGUAAGUUUUUGCACUUUUCUUCAUCCUCCCUACUCUCGGUUAGUCUUCUAUUAUUGCUGGUGAGAAUGGUUUACCUGUAUACUAGAAGGGAUGCAGUGCAUUUAAUAGCGCAAAAAAAAUUAACAAUAAUAUUACUGAAAGAUAGCUGUUGCUGCUGAUGUUGUUGAGUGAAACAAGAUAGAAAAACCAAACAGAAUAAAACACAGACUUUAGCCAGAAGUCAGUGACAUGGAGUUGGAAUGUAUGCAGGAAAUGUAGCAAUUUUUAAUUAUAGUGUUAUUUCUUUUUGUUUGUUCAUUCUACUAUCACCUUAGCCAGACAUCGUUACAUGUUGUGAUUUCUGACAGUAUCCUUUAAAAUCAUUGUAAUUUAUUGAAACAAACACACCAAGCUGAGAGCUGUUAAUUUUGGAAUUGAUUUCGUUUUUUUUUUAUUUUUCCGUGAUCCAUCCUUAAAUUUUAUUUAAAUCCCCCUCCGUCGACUACUGAGGCGAAACGUACUAAUCGUAGAAAUUCUUCAGCCAGCUUUGGUCCUAUUCAGACAUAGAGAUUUUGGAUAACUUUAUACUUGUGAAAUUACGAAGGCUGAACAGCCGUUGGAGAGAGAAAACACGCAUUGUGUGUUGAAGCAAUCGAUCGAAACUUACUUAUAAGAGAACAAUAAACAAACAAACAAACAAAAGCUUUAAGUGGUGGAUUGUUCGGAUCGUAUGAUGACCAGUCACCCCAGCUCGGAUAAUACUUUUCAUCUUUAUUUCGUUCAUUUCGAGCAAAGAUAGAGAACCUAAAAGUAAAACAACAUUAAGUAACAGGCCGCACACUCGAGGACCGAUUUUCUACGUUUCAAAUUACCUAACCAUUUGGGUUCAAAAUAAUGGUACUUUUUCUGUUUUUUUUUUGUUACAUUUCAAACUACAAACGUAAAAAUUUUAAGCGCAAAAAUAGCUGAAAGCGAUUGCACAGUACUUAUUUCAUUUUUUUUUCUUUUCUUUGUACAAACUGGAUUCACUUAAUUCAACAAUACAUCGAAUUGCCUUAAACGCUAAGUUAAUUUUAGUCAAUAAAAGAAGAAAUAGAAUUUGAUUUUUUCAUUUUUCGUAUCCUGUGUUAGCCGUCUAAUAGCAGCAGAAGCGUAUAGGUGUAAUCAAAGAGCCGAACGUUCGGGUUUAGGUUUUUGUUUUUUGGUGAAUACAAUUUUCCUACAAGCUACACUCAUUAAAUGUUUCUUUUUUUAGUUUACAAACGAUUUCACCUGUUAGGCAAUGUUUUUUUACACGUACGUUCAUUCAAUUCCAUCUAAUUACUUAUUUCUUAUGCGUUUUCUGUUGGUCAAUGAAAUUAUGUCGGCGAAAGCGCAGCUUAUGAUGCCACUAUAUUAUUUUUUGGUUAAGGAAGUCAUCGACGCAAUGACGAAGUGGAUUUUUUUAAUUGAAUAUUAGCAAACGCUUAAUUCAUGCUGAAUACCUGCAACUUUGUUGCCCUGUCA